AUGCAAGAUUUUAAAGAUCUUGGUAAUAAAUGUAACGAAGAGAUCGAUAUGUCUCAAAUGAUUUCAAAACUGAAUGUAGACCAAAAAAGAGUAUUUGAUAGAGUCAUUAGUAGUGUAAUGUCAAAUGAAAAAUCUUCACUACGAUUAUACGUUAGUGGAGAAGGAGGUACUGGUAAAAGUUUCUUAAUUAAAACUAUUAAAUGUUGGAUAAAACAAAAUCUCAACAAGGAUACUGCUAUAGCGGCACCUACCGGUAUAGCAGCGCUUAAUGUAGAUGGUUUGACAGUACAUAGAUUGCUUCAAUUACCUGUUGAACAUGGUCACACUCCCAAGUAUAAACAAUUAGCUGAUCAUGUAUUGAAAGUUUUACGAGCUGAUCUCAAAGAUGUCGUCCUUUUUAUAAUUGACGAAGUAUCAAUGAUAUCGAAUUUGACUUUGUUGUAUAUACAUCUACGAUUAUGUGAAAUAUUUGAUACUACUGAUUGUGAUGAUGGCUGGUUUGGUCAAAAGCAUAUUCUUUUAUUUGGAGAUUUGCUUCAAUUACCUCCUGUACACGAAGAACCUGCCUUUGUCAAAUUAUCGAAUGAAAAAAUUCAAAAGUUUCUUGGUUCCUUAAAUGCUGUUAAUUUAUGGACUACUUUAUUCGAGUAUGAUGAAUUAACGAUCAAUAUGCGUCAACAAGGAGACGUAUCUUAUCGUGAAUUACUCUCGAAAAUUCGUAUUGGUUUAUCGACGAAUUCUGAUUGUGACAUUCUUGAAAAAAGAAAAUUAUCUUUUAAAGGUGAAUCUUUCGAAGCAAGAUUAAACGAAAUAUGUGAUUUUAUUGAAAGUUUGCCUUCUGAUACCGUUUGUUUAUUACCUACUUGUCAUAUGUGUGACGUUCUUAACACUGCGAUGUUAAGUCGUAUUGCUUCAAAAGAAAUAUUAUUAAUUGCUGAAGAUGAGAUUGACUGUAUUCCAUAUAUAAAGAAAAAAGUUAAAAAGGUAUUGUCGAAUAAUAAUGAAGAUACUAGUAGAACAGCUGGCCUUUCCAAACAAAUUUCAAUUAAAAUUGGAGCGAAAGUAAUGAUAAGACGCAAUAUCGAUGCUAGUUUGGGCCUUGUAAAUGGCACAAUUGCUACAGUUAUUUCAGUUGUACAGGAUACGUCAACUGAUUACAUUGAAGGGGUCAAACUUCUUUUGCCGUCUGGUUCAGAAUAUUUAAUUGAAAGACUGAAUGUCAAGUUUCCAGUCAUGGAUGGAGCAUAUGUUAUUAGAAAACAAUUUCCAUUAACUUUGAGUUAUGGUAUCACCAUUCAUAAAAGUCAAGGUUUAAGUUUACAAAAUGCCAUUAUGGACAUAGGUAACUCGAUGGAUUGCAUUUGA